AUGGGGGUCGGGGUAGAGACUGAAGGUGCAGUUGCCCAGCCGGAAGAUGGAGAUCCAGAGGAAGCUCGUGGUACUAAGCGAAAGCAGGAAGAGAACGCUGUCGCUGAGUCUCCGGCCGUUGUCUUCGAAGAGCCCUUGGACUGGCAAGUGCGACUCCGCAAGCUGAACUUUGGGGUGGAUCCCAUCAGCUUAGACAUGAUUAUCAAAUGGGUGACUGAAGCUGCGGAGGACAGCCAGGCCCAAUUCUCUGCAGAGAUCAUCAAGAGCGGAAUUGCAGAAUUUCUUCGCCGGUCUUCGAAAGAGGCCAUCCCAGAGGUCCUGGUUCGCGAGCGGCAAGCCUUCACAAAUAAGCUGAAGGAAGCUGGAUUUGCGGAGAUGGCCAAGGCUCUGGAUCUGGCCAUACGAUCCAUGCAGUUUUCAGAGAGACUGCAGAAGGGCUCGCCGCAGACGUGCCUGAACAUGCAGACCAAACAGUCGAUGCCUGCCUACAUGAACAUGGUGGUUAGGGGCUGCGAUCGCCAGGGCUGGCCGAUGCGUCGAGUCUUCCUUGGUCACUUGAGCCGCGUUGCUUCAAAGUCCGCGGAAGGAGAGGCCGAUGGCUCAGCACCCUCCGAAGCCCUGAUUGAGUUUGGAAAAGCUGGUGGCUGGAAGUACGUGAUGUCAUGGCUGGACGAAGAGCCGCAGCCGACGACUUGGCCACCGUACUCUGUGCUGGAUGAGCUGGGAAGCAACAUACCUAGUCAAGCUCCCUUGAAGCUCUUUGCGCUGCUCCACAGAGCGCUCACACAUCCGGGAUUCGCUGCCUCAAUGGCUCCCUCACUAACAGGUCUUCCAGCACCCUGCUUGUCUCGCUUGGAGAGACAGUUGACAAGAGCCGCCGCACCUGCCCUCGAUCUCAACUUGGACGAGCCUCGUGAUGAGAAGCUCCAGCGAAAACUGCAAGACAUCGCAAGUCUAGGUGGUCAGGUUGGAAAUCUCUUCGAGUUCCUGGACAAGCUUCUGACAUUUGCAUCAAAAGUUAGGCAUCCGAAGUUGGGGGACGGCACUCCCGGGACGACAGCAUGGCUGGACCUGCAAUCCGAGAGCAGGGAUCUGGUCUCUGCUUACAAAGGUCUUGCAGACACUCCGGCCUUUGGCUGGACUUCUGUUCUCAAACUGGUCGCAGGCUUGACCCAGGACUUGGACGAGAUCAUCAGGGAGAACAUAAAGGGAGCACAGCAGCGCGAGGCAAAUGCAAAGGACGAGGAGAGAGCGCGGCUUCUUGAUGAGGCCAAAGCACGCGUGGAGGCAAACACUGGCACGGUCAUUUCACUGCUUGCGAACGGAAAGCUUCGCGACAGGAGUUCCUCAGGUUUACAGGAUUGCUUAGGGAAGAUGAAGCGCCUGGGUGAUUCCAUGCAGCAUCUUGAACAGCUUGACAAGUCUGAAACGUCUUCGCAGUCCGUGGACACCUGGGAAGCGGGCCGUGCGGCUGUGAAGGGCUUCUGCCAGCUGAAGGUCCGCUGCUCCAAGGCAUUGCAUUGGCUUCAAAAGAGGCAACUGGGCCACUGUGCCAAGCUUCUCGAUUCUGCCGGCCUCCUGGAGAGUCUCGAACUUGUGAAAGAUGCCCAAAAGCUGAAGACUCUGGGCCUUCCCUUUCGGUGUCAAGAACUUCUCGUAUCGUGCGCCGAGAAUGAUGGGCUGUCUGCCGGCCACCUGGAGCCGAAGUUGGAAGAGGUGCCCGAUGUCUGGGAGCAGAGGACGUCUCGGAACUUGAACCUGCAGUACUUCCAAAAAGUUGGUUCGUCGGCCAUGUCGUGGGAAUGGCCUCUGCCCACAGGCCUGGUUGCAUGGAGGACGGAUGGCAGCGCCGGGGAGAUGCUGCAGCAGCAGGAAGAGGACCAGAUCUUGGCCAGUGCACGACGAAUCUCUGGGGCGCCCAAGCCAGGGUGCCCAGCCUUCGUUGCCGAAGGAUCCUGUUUGCUGUGCCAGCAAGAUGCGACGGACUCACAUUGGGCAUCGCCAGAACAUAGAAAGCACGCAGCUUACUGGAAACAGCUAGCCGAUCGAUUGGCGAUGAUCUGUGUCGACUUGCAGCGCCUCCCCGAGGAGGCAUCCCAAUCUGGUCUGGCAUCUGCUUGGCGUGGUGAGCUUUGGCAGGCCUUGCGGAUGCCGCCUUUGCCCCCAGCUGCUGUCUUGGCAGUCUUUUGGCGCAGGGUCGUACUUUGGAGCCUCUCAGCUUCAUGCCCGACUUUGUCAGAUCAUGAUGCUGACACUGUGGACGGCUUGAGAGAGCGCCUGCAGUUUGCUCUGUCCGUUGCGAAGAUCGCGGAAAAGGAACAGGAUCGCAGAGAAGAGCACGAGCGCGCUUUGGCAAAGGCAGCCCUUGUUUGCGACCGCAACGCUUGCAAGUGGGUCAGCAUCAAUGUAGAAGCUUCAGGUGAAGGCUCAAGCUGCGAAACUCGACACUCAGCCUCAACGAUGUAG